CAACGAAACUUCUCGUGCUUACUGAAAUUCUUGAACUGGCAGGAAAUGCAGCUAGAGAUAAUAUGAAGAAGAGACUAAAUCCUCGCCAUAUUCUUUUAGCAAUUGCUAAUGAUGCCGAGAUCAGAGAAAUGCUGAAGGACGUUAUGAUUCCAUCUGCAGGAUUUGUUCCGGAUUAUGCAUUUUUGAUAAAGAGCAGUGUAGUGUUGAAACAAAAAUUAGCCAGAAAAGAUUCCACUCUAGACUUGACUCCUAAGGCAAAGACUCAGACAAAGAAGAAAGAUAAAAUUCCAGUGAAAAAGAAGAAAGGUGUUCCUGUAAAAAAGCAAACCAUACCCAUGAAAAAUCCGGUUGUGGUGCUCCAAUCAAAUAUCUUGCCGCAAGAUAAUGUGAGAAAAUGCCAAUUGGGCAAUAUGCCAACGGUUACAGUGUUAUCGGAAAAACAACUCUUUUUAGGACAAAAGUUGACAGUAAUUCAAGGAGAUAUUACUGAUGUAACAACAGAUGCUAUUGUGAAUCCCACAAAUAAUAAAUUUUAUAUGGGAGGACAAGUUGGCAAAAGACUAAUGGAAGUGGGUGGAAAGAAAUUUGAAGAAGAAAUAGAUAAGUUAAGAUCCAAAACCACUUUACAACAAACAGGAGUUGAAAUUUGUUCCGGUUAUAAUUUUAUGGCAGGGCAUGUAAUUCAUUGCUUUGGACCGUCUCGUUAUGACAGUUCUGCCAUAGACACACUAAAAAAAACUAUAAAAAAUUGUCUGGCCAUAGCCGAUAAAAAUAAUUUAAAAUCCUUGGCUUUACCAUCCAUUGGAAGCGGAACUGCUGGUUUUCCAAAGAGAGAAGCUGCGCAAAUAAUAUUGCAAACUGUUGCCGAUUACUUUGCAGCCGUUAUGAGCAGUUCGAUAAAACAAAUAUACUUUGUUCUUUAUGAUAAAGUAAGUAUCGACGCAUAUACUAAUGAAAUCUCAAAAAUACAACUAAGUACACAUUUGCCUUCUAAGAAUUAACUUCUUCAUAGUAUUUAAUUAUAUACUUUAAAGACUCCUUCUCCUUUAAAGGGCACAUUAAACUUGUUAGAAAUCAAAAAAUAAUUUUCAUCUAAAAAUCACAAACAUUUGUUGUGAUAACACACCCAUUUAGGUGCUUUUGUUAUUGUUUGUAAAUAUAAGAUGUUUAUGACACUGA